GGAAACCAAGAUCCUCCUCAUCUAUAUAAUCCAUCCCAACAAAAACACAUUCCACCCUCCCCCAAGAAAAAAUGGCUUCCCCUCCCUCACUCAAAAUUCUCAACUCCAUCAACCUCUUCUCCAUCAAACCCCCUUCACCUUCUCUCUCAUCCAUGAAGCUCAAAACACUCCUCCAAACCUUCUUCUUCUCCCACAUCUACCGCGCCCUCUCCAAAGCCAAAUCACUCCUCCUCCAAAUAUUCAAGCUAAUGCGUAAGAGCAAGCAGAAGAAGCUCUACUUCGCCUCAUUCCGGCUCCACUACAACUGGUGCUCCUCUUCUCGCUCGCUCUGCUACCCCGCUUACGACGUCGUGGGGGUCGACUGCCCCGGCGAGCUCUCCAAGUACCUGCAGUGGCUGGAGGAGAGAGGCGAUGAGGAGUCGUGCAAUGAGAUUGAUAGGCUGGCUGAUUUGUUCAUUGCUGACUGCCAUGAGAAGUUCAGGUUGGAGAAGCAAGAAUCUUAUAGAAGAUUUCAAGAAAUGAUGGCUCGAAGCGUUUGAUUAUUAGUAACUUUUAUUUUACUUCUUUUUUGACUGGAUUAAUUAGCUUCUUUCUUUUUUUUCUUUUUUCGGGGGAGUGUAUAAUUUUGUUAUGUUUUUCUUUUUUUAUUGGGGUGAAGGGAUUGGUGGGAUUUGUGCAAAUCUAAUUUAAAUGGAGAUAGUGUUGGAACUAGCCUUUUGGAAAUGGAUUGAAGAGUCUUGAUUGUGACU